AGGUCCUAGACAGAGAGAGUCGAACCAGCAAACUAACUUGUGUAGUAUUUGUGCUCGUCGUGUUUGAGAAUAUCAUAAAUAUCUUAUCCGCCUCAAUUUCAUCUUUUAUACGGCUGUCCGACUCACCGACCGUCAUUUUUCUCUAGUUUUUUUUUGCCACCAAAUGAAAAAUAUGGAAUGCUAUUUGCAUUUUGCUGUGUCAGAAAGACGUCGCGUUGACCAAUACUCUGUGCUAUCAAAGUCGCCUAGGAUUUUCACCAGAGCUUGUAUUUCGGCUCCGUUAUGCGCAAAUCGUUAUCACGACACAUCAUUGCGUUCACCUACUGCUUCCCCGUCUAGCACCAGAAAAAGCGCCAGCAGGCAAGCGCUGCCACCAGAACCUGGCUCCGCGCUUCUGUAACAAGAGUUGUACGUCGAGCAGUCGCCUAGCUGCGGUUUUCCGUAUUCGCAGGAACGAGGUAAUCAGAACAAGAAGAAACCGAAAGGAGUACUUACAGUCUGAUCUGCGAGAACGUCGAUCGAAACCAGGUUGUCCGGUAAAAAUCGGAGAAGAGAAAGACUACAACACAUGUGGGAGUUUACGGAGUACCACCUUCGUCGUCAUCAAGUCACCCGCGCGUUUCUCCCGGAUAAGGACGAGGAGCACACAGUGGGUGCAACUGCUGCCAGCAAACCGCUGACCUAUUCCUUCCGCGAUUUCUACCACACUCUGUACCUGAGCAAGCGGAAACAGAAGUGGACGAAGCUAUCGCAUUUUUUCGGGAACAGUCUCGCCGCGUGGGUGCUGAUAUGGGGCGUUUACGGCGGAAACAUAACGCAAACGUGGAAGAGCCUUCUCUUAGCGGUGGGAAUCAGGUACAGUUAGAAUUGAGUUUGAGAAGUACCAGGACUAUUUUUUGAUACGAGCUCGGUAACCGCAUUUUUAUUUUUUGCACGACAAAACUGCGAAGCACAAGCAUCUGCAUGAGCAUCUACAUACUCCCUACUCCAGAAACCUUUCCGUCCUGGGUAGCGUCAUCCUGUUCGAAAUCAAGCCAUCGCUCACGGAUCAUUGGCAACAUCCUCUGUGGGUCUUACUAGCAGAUUUGCGGCUGUGGAUCGAGUUGCUCUUUGGCCUUCAUGACGUCUGGCCGCACUUCGGGGAAAUCGAAACCACACGUGACUGAUGAACUUUUGGUGACCGGAACUAUGACUCCCGUUCAGGAGACGGGAUCCAUUUCUCUCUGCGGACAGCAAUGCUAGUCCAUGUUUUGGUUUUUUGCUAUUUUCAAAUCCCACAGAAUGUACCCAGAGAGGACGAUGGCGGCGCAGGAUUAACGAAGAACUUCCUUGUAUGAUACAUUCAAAAUUCAAAAUUUUUCCCAUUUUCCACUCUUUCAGUGCCAUUUGCAAUGCAAGCAAUGUCGAACAAAAAUAAGUGCAAAACGCAGGGACCUCCGUAUUGACAUUGAGUUAGAGUUUCGAACUUAAGUACUUUUGGUACACGGCAAAAAUAUUGUUUCUUUCAGUUCCGGUAGAUAUCUUCCCCUAUGGAUUUUGCGGACAACCCGGUCCUAGUAGUUUCGCUGUCGCUCAGGCAGGACUUUUUGUCUGGCGCUGGCCUCAGAAGCGAGAAUGUUUCUUGCAGUAAGUACCUCGGGGAGAAAACGCAACAAUGAAACACCCCAGAAAUGAAUGUUCCCAGAACUGCUGAACCGGAAGUAUUUACCUUCUUCCCGUAAUGACCUACUGCGCUAUCUGACUUUUUGGACUUGCAAGGACGCUGCAACGAACCCGAUUUCUUAUUCGCACUCAAGUUAAAAAUGAUCGACCGCUGAAACGGGUUCUGG